GCUGAUUCCGUGUCUCCUCUCCAUCAGCCACCACUCCUCCACCACCGUCACCACCGCCAUCACCACCACCUCUACCGUUACCACCACCACCAUCCCCACCGCCACCACCACCAUCCCUACCACCACCGUCACCAUCCCUACCAACACCGCCACCACCGCCGCCAUGUCCGACGGUCCGCCCCGCAGCCUGCAGCUGGGCCUGGUGAGCAGUGCGGGCGGCUACCUGACGGCCGAGACGUUCGGCUUCAAGGUCACCGCCUCGGGCUCGUCGCUCAAGAAGAAGCAGACGUGGACUUUGGAGACUCUCCCUGCCGGCACCGGCAUCACCGGCACCGGUGAUGGCGGUGCCGGUGAUGGCGGCACCGUGAGCCUGCGCUCCCACCUGGGGCGGCUGCUCGGGGCGGAUCGCGACGGCGCCGUGAGCUGCGACGCGGAGACCCCCGGCGUGGCCACGGCCUGGGGCCUGCAGGCCAGGCCUGAUGGACGCUGGGCCCUGCGUCACGUGGAGCAUGGGCGCUACUUGGGGGGCUCGGCUGAUCGUGUGAGGUGUUUUGCCCAGACUGUCGGCAACACGGAGCUGUGGAGCGUCCACCUCGCCACUCACCCCCAGCUCAACCUCUACAACCCGGGGAGGAAGCGGUGA